AUGUCCAAAGUCACCAUGACUCCGGUCCUGGCGACGACGGCAGCCGCCUCGUUUUUAUACGCGCGCUAUGCUGAACUGCCAAUUGCCUCCACGAUCGCAACCUCGCUGGCUGUUGUGCUUCCUUUAUACAUUGUCGUCUGGCUUAGCUGGAUAUUCCCCUUCUAUGUGUCCGAACUGAGACAUGUACCGACAGUGCCGGGCUUCCCUCUCUGGGGUCAGUUCUUCGACAUCAUCACGCAAGAAUGCGGUGUGCCUCAGCGGAACUGGCAUCAGCAGCACGGUUCUAUCGUCAGAUAUUUCUUCCCUUUCGGUGCGGAACGUCUUUCUGUUGCCGACGAUGAGGCCCUCAAGCAGAUGACAGUCAAGAACCCUUACAACUACCCUAAGCCUAUCCGCGCUAAGCUUUGGAUGGUUCGCAUCCUAGGUGAGGGCGUUCUACUCGCCGAGGGCCAGGAGCACGUUCACCAACGCAAGUCCCUCGCUCCGGGCUUUUCGAUCCAGUCUAUUCGUGCACUCGCCCCGGUAUUCUGGGAAAAGUCGCUUCUACUAGCCAAGUGCUGGCGCGAGGAAAUGGCUGCUGAGGGUGUCACAACUAAGUCAUUCGAGGUGCUGGAGUGGCUCAACAGAACUACACUGGAUAUCAUUGGCAGCGCUGGCUUUGGAUACGAAAUUGACUCUCUACGCAACCCCGAGACGCCUAUUCGCGAGGCCUAUCGUCUGGUCUUCGCUUUUGAUAUCGGAUCUCGAAUCAUGCACGGAAUUCAAGCCUUCAUCCCUGCCUCUAAGUACAUCCCUUCCAAGAUGAACCAGGAUAUGCAAACUUCUCGAAGCAUUAUUCUAGACAAAGCUACUGAGAUUAUUACCGAGAAGCAAGCGCAAGCAGAGAACAAUACCGGUGGCAAGGAUAUAAUUGCUCUUAUCGCCCGUGACAACAAGAAGAUGAAGUCCAUGGGAGAAGCUGGUCUUUCCUUUGAAACUAUGCGCGACCAGAUCAUGACUUUCUUGGGUGCUGGCCACGACACUACCGCAACUGGUGUAGCAUGGACUAUUCACUUGCUAUCCACCCACCCCGAGAUACAGUCCCGCCUUCGCGAAGAGAUCAAAGACUUCAUGCCCUUCCUCUUCAACAAAGAAUCCCGUUUUGACCCUGAAACAAUUGUCAAUGCCGACCCCGACCAGCUCCCUUUCCUCGAUAACGUCUGCCGUGAAUCAUUGCGUUACAUCCCGCCUAUCCCUAUGACAGUGCGACAAUCCCUUGCAGACGACCAGCUUGGCCCUUACAAGGUUCCUGCUGGCAGCGUCAUUUACGUCCUUGCAAAUGCCAUCAACCGAUUACCAAUGUAUUGGGGUCCUAACGCGGAUGAAUUUGACCCUGACCGGUGGGAUGACUUACCCAAGACAUUUACUGCCAACGCUUUUAUGACUUUCCUUCAAGGCCCGCGCGGUUGCAUCGGCCGCAAGUUCGCCGAAAUUGAAAUGAAGAUUCUGCUAUGCUGCUUGCUCAGCAUGUACGAAUUCAAGCGUGACUUUGACACGCCGGAUCCUGAAGAAUGGAAGAUGUGGCGACUAGUACUACGACCGAAGGAGGGCGUUACUGUCAAGGUUACCGCCAUCUAG